GAUGAUGUUGAUGAUAAACAAUUGAAUUUAAAUUCAAACAAUAAUAAAAUGGAUCAUAGUAAAUCAUCAUCAAGCCAAAAUAGUAUCGAUACAACAUUGACUAGUAUGACUGGCAAUAGUAAUAAUUCCAUUAUUAUGUCAAAUACCAAUAAUCAUACAACAUCUUCAUCAACGAUGGCAGGUCAUAAUAAUAAUAAUGAUGAUAAUCAUUACAAUAUUGGUCAUUAUCAUCAAUCACAAAAUGAAGAUGUUAUUAAUCUUAAUGAUCAUCAACAUCAACAUCAUUUUAUUGGAUCAACAACAACAUCAGCAUCAUCAUUUCCUUCAGGAAUUCAUAAUGAUUCUCAUCAUCAUAUAAAUAAUAAUGAUGGCCAUCGAUUGGAACAUUUUGCCAAAUUCAGGAAUCCACCAUGGUGGAAUCGUCGUACUCGUCUUGAACGUUUAUUAUGUGCUGUAACGGCCAUCACAUUGAUGAUGUGUGUAGCAAUGUCCAUUACAUUAGCUAUGGUUCGUUAUCAACGGCAACAACAACAACAACAAGAUACAACAUCCAAUACAGAACAUGGACCAUUCACUUCAAUUGUAUCACAUAAUCAUUAUCAUCAUCAAUCAGCAUCACCGACAGCGCAACAGCUAGUCAAUCGUGAAAAUCAAAAAGCCAAAUUAUCCGUGAUUGAUUCGCCAUCAUUAUCAAUACCUUCAUCAUCAUCAUCAUCAACAUCGGUUAAUCGUAUAUUCGAAAAGCAGGGUAAAAGCUUGAAAAAUACAAAAUUAUUGUCCACAUCAUCAUCAUCAUCUUCGGCCAUAAAUUGGCCACCAACACCCUAA